GGCUCGCGGAUCUCCGGUGCUCUGAUCGGAUGCGGGCGAAAGGUCUGGAGGCUUGGUCCGCGCUGCUGAGGGAAGUUCGCGGGCCGUGUGGGACCCGGGCCCCGGGAACGUGGACCCUGUUGUCACACCUUGAGAAGACGGCGGGCCACGGGGAGCCUCGGCCGGGGGAGGGCGGAAGGACGGAGCCAGGGACCCAGGACUCACUGCGCCUGGCACGGAGCGGCCGCCAGCAGUUUAUUGCAGGGAGGUGAGAAGAUCACAUUCUGAGAAGAAGCUGGAGAGAAGCCCAGGGGGGUUAACUGAAGCCCGGGACAAAGAACAGGAGCUCUGGCAGAAGCUGUGAGGUAAGAAGAGGAGGUCUAGAACCAUGCUUCGAAGGUCCGAUGAGUACAUUCUGAGUCCCAGGACGGUGGGAAUUAGCCAAUGGACUGCAGGCAUGCUGUGGAAGUUGCUGGGGAGAUGCCAGCCCUGCAGGCUGUGUUCUUUCAGAAGGAUGCUCUCAGCUUCACAAUACAGACCUGUUUUAGCAUACUUCCCCUAUACAACUGAUAAUCGGUCAAACAAAGAAAAUAAAAGAACAGUGGAAAAGCUCUAUAAAUUUUCAGUUGAUAUCAGGAAAAUUCGCAGAUUAAAAGGAUGGGUUCUUUUGGAGGAUGAAACCUAUGUUGAAGAAAUUGCAAAUAUUUUACAACAGCUAGGUGCUGACGAGACUGCUGUGGCCAGUAUUUUGGAACGCUGCCCAGAAGCAAUUGUCUGCAGUCCAACCGCUGUUAACACCCAGAGAGAGAUCUGGCGGCUGGUCUGCAAAAACGAGGAAGAGUUAGUCAAGUUAAUACAACAGUUUCCAGAAUCUUUCUUUACUGUUAAAGACCAGGAAAACCGGAAGCUGAACAUUCAGUUCUUUCAAGAGUUGGGACUCAAAAAUGUGGUCAUUAGCAGAUUUUUGACAACUGCAUCUAAUGUUUUUCAUAACCCUGUUGAGAAGAAUAAGCAAAUGAUAAGUAUUCUCCAAGAGAGUUAUCUAAAUUUAGGUGGCUCUGAGGCCAACAUGAAAGUUUGGCUACUAAAAUUAUUAAGCCAAAACCCAUUCAUUUUGUUAAAUUCGUCUGUGGCUAUAGGGGAAACACUAGAAUUUCUCCAGGAGCAAGGUUUCACAAACUCUGAAAUUCUCCAACUUGUGUCCAAACUCAAAGGAUUUCUUUUUCAACUUUGCCCAAGAAAUAUACAGACCAGUAUUUCCUUCUCUAAAAAUGCUUUUAAAUGCUCUGAUCAUGACCUGAAGCAACUAGUUUUGAAAUGUCCUGCCCUUUUAUAUUAUUCUGUUCCAGUUUUGGAAGAGAGGAUUCAGGGAUUAUUAAAAGAAGGAAUUUCCAUAGCUCAGAUACGAGAGACACCAAUGGUUCUUGAAUUAACGCCACAGAUAGUACAGUACAGGAUAAGGAAACUGAAUUCCUUAGGCUAUAGAAUAAAGGAUGGACAUCUAGCAAAUCUAAAUGGAACGAGAAAAGAGUUUGAAGCUAGCUUUGAUAAAAUUCAGGCCAAAAAAGGAAGGCCAUUAUUUAACCCUGUGGCGCCAUUAAAUGUUGAAGAGUAGCUUGCUGACGGAUGCUGCGUUCUAGCAGUGCAGUGAAACUGAGCAGCAAAGACUUCAGUGACUCAGGAGGUUUGUAGGCACCAGUAAUUUUAAGAACCUACUUAGCUUCUGAAUUGUAUUUGUUACCUCUAAGUAGAUAAUCUAACUCAUUUGCUAUAUUUUAAAAUAUAAAUUGCAAUUAUUUUAAAUAAAUAAAGUUGGUAAUUUUGA